AUGACAUACCAGGCCACAGCCAGACUUAGCACUCGUCGCCCUGCCAUAAGAGCUACUGUUGCUGCCUCUCAACAGAUCCUCCGUCCUCGUCUCUACACAACAUCGACACCGCUACGAAAUGCUUCCUCUCCCGAUGUCUUCCCUUCGCUUCUCGAACAGCCCGGUAUCUCCGACUACCUGAACGCUCAGCAGCCCGUCGCCGUCCCUCAGACCUUGACCGAGAAGAUUGUCCAGCGUCACAGUCUUGGUCUCGCCGAAGACAAGUUCGUCCAAUCAGGCGACUAUGUCACCCUCUCUCCCCAGCAAUGCAUGACCCACGACAACUCAUGGCCCGUUGCAACAAAGUUCAUGUCCAUUGGCGCCACAAAGAUCCACGACCCCAAGCAGAUUGUCAUGACUCUUGACCACGAUGUUCAGAACAAGUCCGAGAAGAACUUGCAGAAGUACCGCCAGAUUGAGAACUUUGCAAAAGAGCAGGGAGUUGACUUCUACCCGGCUGGCCGUGGUAUUGGUCAUCAAAUCAUGGUUGAAGAAGGUUACGCCUGGCCUGGCACCCUCUGCGUCGCUUCAGACUCUCACACAAACAUGUACGGAGGUAUUGGCUGUCUUGGAACUCCUGUCGUCCGUACUGAUGCCGCUUCCAUCUGGGCUACUGGUCGUACUUGGUGGCAGAUUCCCCCUGUUGCAAAGGUUACCCUUAAGGGCGUCCUCCCUGCAGGUGUCACUGGCAAGGAUGUCAUUGUUGCUCUGGCCGGUCUCUUCAACAACGACGAAGUUCUCAAUCACGCCAUUGAGUUCGUUGGCUCUCCUGAAACCAUGUACUCUCUUCCAAUUGAUGACCGCCUCGCUAUUGCAAACAUGACCACCGAGUGGGGUGCUCUUUCUGGUCUCUUCCCUAUCGACGGCGUUCUCCAAGGCUGGUUGCGUGCAAAGGCCACCGAGGCCGCUCUCUACGAAGACGCUGCUCUCACUUCAUCCAAGACGUCCACUCGCUUCAACCACGAAAGACUUGACGCAUUGUUCGAGAAGCCUCUGACUGCUGACAAGGGCGCAAAGUAUGCAAAGGAGCUGUUCCUUGACCUCGAGUCGCUCUGCCCCUACGUUUCAGGCCCCAACAGUGUCAAGGUUGCUACUCCUCUGAACGAGCUCAACGCACAGGAUAUCAAGGUCAACAAGGCAUACCUUGUCUCUUGCACCAACAGCCGUCGUUCUGAUAUCGCUGCUGCCGCAAAGGUCUUCAAGGAUGCUGCUGAGGCAAACAACGGUGUCAUUCCCAAGAUCCCCUCUCACGUCAACUUCUACAUUGCUGCCGCCUCUCUUCCCGAACAACGUGCCGCUGAGGAGCAGGGUGACUGGCAGACCCUACUCGAUGCUGGUGCGCAAGCUCUUCCUUCUGGUUGCGGACCCUGCAUUGGUCUUGGUACUGGUCUUCUCGAGCCUGGUGAGGUCGGUAUCAGUGCCUCCAACCGUAACUUCAAGGGUCGUAUGGGUAGCACUGACGCAAAGGCCUACCUCGCCAGUCCUGAGGUUGUUGCUGCUUCUGCUCUCCAGGGCAAGAUCGCUGGCCCUGGCACUUACCAGAAGCCUGAAGGCUGGAACGGUGUCAUUCGUGGAGAAGGAGACGGUGUCCCUGAGGACAAGCGCAUGAUCAGUAUCGAAGAUGCUCUUGACAUGCUUGUUCGCCAAGCAGAAGAGGCUGUUGAGUCUGGCGAGAAGGCUCUCGGUGCCACCGAUGAAGCUGCUCCUUCAGAUGAGAAGCUCACUGAUAUCCUUCCUGGCUUCCCCGAAAAGGUUACUGGUGAAAUUGUCUGGUGCAACGGUGAUAACAUUAACACUGAUGGUAUCUACCCUGGCAAAUACACUUACGAUGAUGCCUUCUCUUCAUCGCCCGAUCGCAUGGCUACCGUCGUCAUGGAGAACUACGACACUGAAUUUGCCUCCAUCGCAAAGGCAGGUGACAUUCUUGUCGCCGGCUUCAACUUCGGAUGUGGCAGUUCCAGAGAACAGGCCGCCACUGCAAUCCUCGCCAAGAAGAUUCCUAUGGUUGUCGCAGGAAGCUUUGGCAACAUUUUCAGCAGAAAUUCGAUCAACAACGCUUUGAUGGGUGUCGAAGUUCCUCGCUUGAUCCAACGUUUGCGCGAGACUUUCGACACUCCUGCCGCUCAGGAUGGAACCAAGCCUAUCACUGAGCCUAGCGAAAACAGACAAUCUCUCGACACACCGCCACCAGCACCUACAUCAGUCCCUAGCCAAGAAAAGAAGUUGACAAGAAGGACGGGCUGGACUUUCACCUGGGACGUCAGACGCAGUCAGGUUAUCGUGCAAGAAGGACCUAACGGCAAGAGCUGGAGUCAGAAGGUUGGUGAGCUGCCGCCGAACGUUCAGGAUAUCAUUGCCAGAGGAGGCCUCGAGAAGUGGGUUGGCAAGGAGUUGGCUGCCGCGAGCAAAAUCUAG